UGCGAGUCAAUUCCUCUGGAACAAAUUUGGUGACUACAGCACAAAACUCUUGCCAGACUGUUGCAAAUGUAUCAUACUUAUUAUUUUCGAACCUGGUUUGACUUCGUCGACAGCGACAAGAAAGGAUUAACGUUAAUGUAGUAGCGUGCUUGGUGAGACUACCUACUGGACGAGGCAACACACUGACAGCUAUUGUGUGAGAGUCAUUGUCUAUACAGUGUACAUAACUGGGUUUAAUAAUGGAGCCGGAAGAACCCAAAGUUGAGACGGACCGUAGUUGGAGGGACUUAUGGGAUACCUACCAUCCCACCACGGACUCCAUCCGGAUCUACGUCCUGUCGCUGGGCGUGCUGGCCCUGGUGUGGCUGGUGGGGUACUGGGGCUUCAGCGUCACCUGGGUCAUGCUGGGGCUCUUCAUCUGGAUGUGGCGCGAAAAGAAGAUCAAGAAGAAGAACUACAAGAUCCGCACGGCUCGCGGGGUGGCGCAGAACGAGCAGGCCACCAUACUGUCCUGUGUACAAGAUCUGCCGUCAUGGGUUUACUUCCCAGAUGUGGAGAAAGCAGAAUGGCUAAACAAGAUUUUGGCUCAAGUCUGGCCGAAUCUGGACCGUUACGUAGAGGAGACACUGCGCAUGUCCGUGGAGCCGGCUGUACAGCAGGCGAACGAGAUGCUGAGGUCAUUCCAGUUCAGUAAGAUCGACCUGGGGGAUGAGCCACCUCGGGUAGCAGGUGUUCAAGUCUACACCGAGUAUGUCAAGAAGAACGAAAUCGUCAUGGACAUGGAUCUCAUGUACUCCGGAGACUGUGACAUUCAAAUUCGCAUCAAGCGUUUCCUGGCUGGUGUCCAAGAUCUACAGGUCCAGGGUACCGUCCGAGUAGUGAUGAAACCGCUGAUGAGUCAACAUCCGCUGGUGGGAGGAAUCACCGUGUUUUUCCUUAAUAGACCGGAUAUCAACUUCAAUCUCAGUAACAUUGGAGAGGUGUUGAAUUUUCCUGGCUUAAGCUCCAUGCUGAAGGGUGUUGUAGCUGACCAAGUAGCGGCGUUCAUGGUCCUGCCGAACCGUUUCCCCAUCCCUCUCGUACCGGACCUGGACAUCAGCAGGCUCAGGUAUCCCAUGCCUAAGGGAGUACUGCGUAUCCAGUUGAAGGAGGCGAAACAAUUGAUGUCAGCUGAUCCGGAUUUCUUCACCAAGAAGGGCAAAUCAGAUCCUUACUGUACUCUACAUGUUGGAGCUCAGUUCUUCAAGAGUAAGGUAAUUCAGAGGACACUGGACCCGAAGUGGAACCAGUAUUUUGAGGCUGUGGUGUACGAAGUGGAAGGACAGACUAUGCAGGUCAACGUCUUUGAUGAGGACCCCGGAGUUAAAGAUGAUCCUCUUGGAAAUGCAGCAGUGAGUAUCGGACAAGUCGCCAAGGAAGGUUUCACGGAUGUGUGGCUACCGCUGGAGGACGCCACGAGCGGACAAGUGCGCUUGCGGAUGACUUGGCUUGGACUAAGUUCCCAAAGGGAGGCUCUGGAAAAGAUGGAAAACAUGAAAAGAGUGACUGACAUGGAUGACAUGUCGUCUGCUCUUCUCUUCGUUCGUGUGGAUUCUGCAUCCGGUCUGCCGAGUAAGAAGAAGGUUGAGGACAUGAAUACCUAUGUGGAACUGACGAUGGGGAAGAAGCACGAAAAGUCAUGGAUUCAAUGGGGUACGGACAAACCAGUGUGGGGACAAGGGUUUACUUUUCUUGUGAAGGACCCUCACUCUGAAGAACUGCUGAUUGAGAUCAAGGAUGAGAAGUCCAAGAAGAUGAUGGGCAAGAAAAUCGUUCCGGUGGCGACGGUGUUGGAGAAGAUGAAGUCCAGUGAUCCUGUCUUCCUAGAAGGCCCCAAAGGAGUCAAGAUCGAGCUAAAAAUGGAGCUGAUUCUCCGGAUUCUGUCCUCCGAAGUUGGAGAGGAGUCGUUGGAAGAGGAGGAGAUUCCCCUGACGCCGACCCUGACCCCUCCCUCCACACCUGACGGCGGACCGCCCGGCAGCCCCCUGAUGAUCCCGGAGAUCCGGCUGGCCAGCAUCUCCGAGACGGAACUGUCCUCUACUCCGGAUUCACCGGUUACACCAAUGGCCAAGGGAGAAGCAGGUCAACUCCUGAUGACGAUCUACCAUAGCCUGAACAGCAGCAAGGUGUUGGUCACCGUGCAUAAGGCCAGGAAUCUCCUUCCACCGCGUGGAUCAAAGAUCUGUGACGCGUAUGUGCGCAUGCGCUUUUGCGCUGGUCAGAAGAAGUCAGAGAUAAAGAAAACAGGCGUCGUCAAGCAGAACCUUAACCCUGCCUGGGAUGAAACGCUCGGCUUUCCUGCCAGUCUUGCUGAGGCCAAGCAGGGUCGUCUGGAAGUGGCCGUGAAACACAAGAGGUCCCUACUGAAGAGCUUCCGUGGAACUGAUGCCUGGUUCCUCGGAGAGGUGGAGGUGGACCUUUCAAAAGUGGAGCGACUGGAGAUUAAAGGCCAGCCUCAAUGGUUUGACCUGAAGAGGGAUGCUGGAGCAAAGCUGUCCAGAUAUGCCUCCUUCAUGAGCACAAGAUCGGGGGCGGAGUCGUAAUGUGGACACUGCGGAUGGACUCUCCUGCUAUUGGAGAGCAGACUGACUAGGGGCACAUAAGGUCUCAAGUCCUAGAUUUGUGAUCAAAAGUUGUGGGUGUUCUGAGAUGGUUCACAAAUGUACAGAAUUCAGCUGUUUUAAGAGAAAAAAGGAUAUCAAAUAGUCAGUUCUGUGAAAAUUCUACAACAAAAACAUCAUAUUACGAAUGUGACUAAAAGAUGACAGAUGCGGAAUACAUGGCCCUAUGACUAUGGCAUACCACAAUGUGAUAAGUAGUUUAUACAUGAUAUAUGAAAUAAUGAAACAAAUGGUUGUAAGAUAUUGAUGUUGUGUUUCUAGCUGUUAAGAUAUUGUAAAUUUGUAGUACCGAAUAGUGGCAACAUACAACGCAAUCAUUAGCUUAUGUAAGAAUCAGAGUAGUGAUUUAAAAAGUUAGACAACAUUUCAUUACAGACUCUACCAUUGGUCAGUCUUCCUGUCCUUAAGGAGAAUAUAUCAAGUUAUAAAAAUCAAUGUUGACAGGUCUGUGAUUUUCAAAUUUCGAAUCCAUCACAGAAAACAAUACCAGUGGACUGAGCAUAUCAAAACGAUUCUUCCAUAGUUGACAUGAAAGUAAUUCAGCACCAAGGACAGCAUAAAUAUUAAGUUAUUAUAACCAAUGUUGACAGGUCUGUGAUCUUCAAAUGCAAUAAUUUCAAAUCAAAUCUCACAGAAAGCAAUACUAGUGGACUGAGUACAUCAAAAUGUU